GUUUAAUCCUGCUGAAGCAUGUUCGGGGCCUCGGAGGACUCGGAGGGCAAUGCUCUUAAGCUCGCAGCUACUCGGAGGCUCGGAAAUCAUUCCAGGAUGUAUCGCUGGACCCACCAGUGAUAUAAUAAUGUGAGGAACCAAAUUACUGGAAACGCCUCACCCGAACACUAUCCACAGUGUCGGAACUCGGUGUCUCGGUAACCCAUCUUUGAUGCAGGAUGUCCGGGAUGCCGAUAUUAUUGAGUGCUGAUGACCUGGUAGAAGAUGAUCCCGAACUGUUUUUAAAUUUCCUACCCUAUUAUUUGCCUUUACGGCAACCAACAUCCGAUAAUUUCUAUAAAUGCACAGGUCGCGCAGUGCAAUCAGAUCAUCACCUCAUCAGCACAACAUUAAAGGCAUACGCAAUCAAUACUACACCGAGUAUCAGAUCUGCUGUUGACCCACUCCUAAUUUCAAGCUACUUAUCGUCCCGGAACUGUUGACCAUAGCACCAUAAUGCUCUCCUCUUUCCUUCCUUCUGGCACGAAUACGCCAAACUCCGGCCGUCACAGCCCUGACAACGCAUCCGAAACCCAAUCAACCACACAGUCCGCACUGGUCGAGCAAACACCCUCCGCAAUGCCUCCAUUACCAACCGGCGCUCGACGCAAGCGAAUCGUCGUAGCCAUGACCGGAGCUACUGGCUCUAUUCUCGGAAUUAAAGUCCUUAUCGCCCUGCGUCGACUCAACGUCGAAACCCACCUCGUCAUCAGCAAAUGGGCCGAAGCAACCAUAAAAUACGAGACAGACUAUCACCCACGAAAUGUGCGCGCCCUGGCAGACUACGUCCACAAUAUAAAUGAUAUGGCGGCGCCUGUAUCCAGCGGCUCCUUCAAGACCGACGGCAUGAUCGUUGUCCCAUGCUCCAUGAAGACCCUCGCCGCCAUCAACUCCGGCUUUUGCGAGGAUCUGAUCUCCCGUACUGCAGAUGUCAUGCUGAAGGAGCGCAGAAAGCUGGUUCUUGUCGCUAGAGAAACGCCUCUUAGUGAUAUCCAUCUUCGGAAUAUGCUUUCUGUGUCUCAGGCUGGCGCUAUUAUCUUCCCGCCUGUGCCGGCGUACUAUAUCAAAGCGGCCUCGGUUGAUGAACUGGUGGAUCAGAGUGUUGGGCGGAUGUUGGAUCUGUUUGAUCUGGAUACGGCCGACUUUGCCAGAUGGGAGGGGUGGAAGAAGGACAACUGAAACGGCGAACGCGAACUCUCUUAUACAUCGAGAUACUUAUAUAUGUGCAUGGCGAAG